CGCCGUCGGGGCGCGGGCGGCAGGCAGUGGGCGCAGGCUCCCCGGUGCCCGCCCCUCCGCUGGAGGUGGGGGCGCGAGCGGGCUGCCGGGGAGGGGCCGGCACCGCAGCCGCAAAAUGAGCCUGCUGUCGGCCAUCGACACGAGCGCCGCCUCGGUUUACCAGCCGGCCCAGCUGCUCAACUGGGUCUACCUGUCGCUGCAGGACACGCACCAGGCGAGCGCCUUCGAUGCCUUCCGGCCCGAGCCGCCCCCGGGCGCUGCGCCUCCAGAGCUGGCUUUCGGCAAGGGCCGCCCAGAGCAGCUGGGCUCGCCCCUGCACUCCAGCUAUCUCAACAGCUUCUUCCAGCUGCAGCGCGGAGAGGCACUGAGCAGCAGCAUGUACAAGAGUGCCUCGCCCUACGGCUCCCUCAACAACAUUGCCGAUGGCCUCAGCUCCCUCACUGAGCACUUCUCUGACCUGACCCUCACCUCUGAGACCCGAAAGCCCAGCAAGAGGCCCCCACCCAACUACCUGUGCCACCUGUGCUUCAACAAAGGACACUACAUCAAAGACUGCCCCCAGGCACGCCCCAAAGGCGAGGGUCUGACCCCAUACCAGGGCAAAAAGCGCUGCUUCGGCGAGUACAAGUGUCCCAAGUGCAAGAGAAAAUGGAUGAGCGGGAACUCCUGGGCCAACAUGGGGCAGGAGUGCAUCAAGUGCCACAUCAACGUGUACCCACACAAGCAGAGACCCCUGGAGAAGCCCGACGGCCUGGACGUGUCUGACCAGAGCAAGGAACACCCCCAGCACCUGUGCGAGAAAUGCAAAGUGCUGGGUUACUACUGCCGCCGAGUGCAAUGACCGGCCCGUCCUCCAUGCCUGCGACCCUCCUGCCAGCCAGAGGAGGCACCACUUCCCCACGUUCAUCUGUGUUGCUGCAUGUCCCCAUGUGCGUGGGGCUGUCCUCACAGGCAUGCCGGUCUGCGCAGGGGGGUCUUAGGUUCUUGUCUUCAUGUGUGUUGACAAACAGUGUUACUGACAUAGCUGCCCCACCAAAGGCUGGGUCUCUAAGACGCUAUAGAAGGGCCUGGCGUCUGUGUGGAGAGGACGCGGGUGGGCAGAGGUUGAGGCAGGGAUCCCACAAAGCCUUUGGGGUCCCCUGAAAACUUUCCCUCUCUAAGACUCCCUUCGGGCUGAGCAGCCUUGUAUUGGCCACAAGUGCACUAAAUUGACUGUGAAUCCCAAAGCCUGUAGGGGAUUAUCUCCCCAAGACCAGCCAGGCUGUGUUCUCCCAGAAUCUUCUAAUUUGCCCCAUGUGCAAAGUCACUCCCAGAAAGCCCUGUUUUUCUGUCCUGUUUAAGUCAGUGAUCAUGGUGAGCUGACAUCUGUUCUAGCAGCUGCCGGGAAUGGGCAUCUCUGCCCCUUGCCCACUCUGAGCCCCAAACCCGAUCGCCUCUGACGUCGCUGGUAUUGCACCUGGGGUUCUGCAUCCCCCCAUCCCUGUUGACCCAGAGGUCGGAGCAAGGAGGCAGUGAGUGUUGGACAGUGUCCCCAGGUGUGACCUGGGCACAUCAGGCAUCGCCUCCCCCCACCCACCCCCACAUACUUUCCCCACUUGCGUGGAUUUUGUCAGCCCCAUUCCCAUCCCUUCCCCUUCACCUCCCACCCACGCUCCAUCACCGAUCGAAUUUUUGGGCCCAUUUUGGGAGCCACUCUGGCAGGAAGGACACAGGCCUGGCGGUCCAGAGACCUAGGUUCAAACGCAGGCCCUGCCGCUAACAAACCAGGGAACUUGGGAAGGACUUGUCAUCUCUGGGCCUCGGUUUCCCCACUAGUUAAGUGAGAGAGUGACACUCCAGAGCAGAGAGGCCCAUUUCAAGCCUCGUCUGGAAUUCAGCAUCGCUGGGCACCUUCUCCGGGCACUCAGGGCUUAAUUUGGAGAGUUUCACCAGGUCCUGUGCUCCACCCCAUUACCCACCAGUGGGUCACCUAAGAAGUCAGGCCGAGGGAGCCAGUCUUCCCCUGUCCUCCCUGCAGUGCCAGCUCCGCCUGUCGUCUCCCACCCCUGCAAAAGUGAAGGAGAAGGGUCCCCUCCUCCACCUCACACAGGGAAACCCCAAGACAAGCUGCAGAAUCUCUCGUUUAUAAACCGGGGACUAUGAUUUCCUACCUCCCGAGGGAGAAGGGAGGCCUCUUGGCUCGUCACGUUGGUCAGGGAGACGCUGUCCUGGCAGGUGGGAGGGAUCACAUUCUCCUCUUUCCUCUUCCCAGUGAGAAGACUUAGUUUUAUUGUCAUACCAUUCUUCCUUUCUCCCAGGAACAGGGAGAAAACUGGCUGUCAGGACUGAGUCACUUGAUUUUGCCCCAAUAUUAUGCCUCUGUGGAAAAAAAAUCAGACCAUGAAAUGGGCCUGAAAUUCAGUGUUUACCACGGCUCAAGGACACCCAACAGGUGUCCAGUUGCCUUUUGUUUUCAAAGGAAAAUGUUUGUACAACUGAGGAGUUACAGUAAAGUGUUAACCAGGGGUCCAGGGAGCGAGUCAAAAAGACGGAGUGAGUGUUUUGGAAGCCAGGGAGCUGCAGAGUAGAUUUCAGGGGCUCAUGCCCUCUGAGCACUUGAAAAGAGGGUAUUUGCUCCAACCUGAGCUCAAAAGCUGCCACCCUCUGCCCGCAGCAACAAUGCCUGGCCACUGACCAUGAGCACCUCUCCACCCACUGGGCAUGCCUGAGGGGUCCUUGCCCAGCUGUCCCCUGCCUUCUCCACGGUGUCAAGGUGAGCGGGAGGGAGUUCCCCGGGCUAAAGGCACUCUGUCCCCGAGGAGAAGCUGUUACUGUCAGUCAUCCUAGGGCACGGCUCAAGAUAACGUUCACAGUGGUGGGCAGUGCACUUGUCUCAGCUGCCAGGACCAGGCCCCAACCCUUCCAGGGACCUGGCCCUACAGUGGGACAGUGGCCCCAGCAUGCCCAGGGCCUGCCAAAUAUGCCGCAAUGGGUGGGGGAAGCCUGUACCCUACAAAGAACCCAGACUCAGGCUGCUGGAGGCCAGGGCCAAAAGGAGAGGGGCUGUCACCCCGAAGUGACGUUUUCAGUGGGCUUGUCCAGCUGGCAGCCAUCGCCCCUGCCAUCUGUGCAGAGCUGGCCGCCGUGGGGGCUGGGUCCUCUGCCCGAGGCAGCCCCUCUGUACUCCCCACUCCUAUACUGUUCUGCCUGAAUUUUAGAGCACUCUGUGGUCCGCAAAAGCCACUGAGAUCCAGGCUGGAUGCUGUGAGAACAAAGUGCUCAGAGGGCCUGGGAGCCCAGUGGACAAGAAAGUGUGUGGUUUUAGUAAUGUUCAAAAGGGACAAUCGCUUGCAGUUAGUAGAUCUAGUGAUCUAGCUGGGAGAUAACAGUGUUUACCCCAUAUGAAGUAUUCAAUAGUUCUACUUGUGAAUUUGUAUUUAUUUUGAGUUAUACUUGACACAGAAUUCCUUUUUUUAAAGAAAAAUACUAUUUGUGUAUUUUGGAAAAAAAAGUCAUAGAUGUUAAAAUUUCUGCAUGGUUGUCAAUUACUCUCACAACACUGAAUUUGUUGCCUUCUCCCGAAAAAUCUUCACAGUGAUUUUUGUCUGUAUAUAUUUGAAGGCCUUUUAUAAAAAAAAGAAAAGAAAAAGAAAAAAGAAAAAUAUAAUUGUUUGAUUUUUGAGAUUAAAAAAACAAACAAAAAGAGGCAUUUUCAAAACUUCAGAGCUUUCGGGAGGACAAUAGAAUAUCAAAUGAAAAUUUCUGGAAGUAUUUUGCAAACCUUGAGCUGCAAGAAAAUAUUUAUGGUGAGAACUUUUCUUUCUUGGGGUUUUUUUUUUUUUUUUGGUUUGAUUUUUUUUUUUUUUUACUAUACUUUGGUCUGUAAAAAGUAAGCAACUGAACUACAUUAAGAAGGAAAUAUUGUCUACAUAGAAUAUUAUAUGAAGUUGGUACAUAAUUCUGAUGAGGAAAAAAACCUUUGCAAUUCUUUAAGCCAUAUUGUUAUUCUGUGUUGUUUUCCUUGGAUGAAAAUAUCAGUAUUAAGUAGCCAGCAUAUUAUUCAAGUGCUUAGACUUAUUAAUAUGUUUCUGUCCUGUAUUUAUACAUAUGUGUAUUUGGAAAGUAUUGCCUUUUUAAGGGAAGCUAUUACUAGAUAUGUAGUGAAAAAGGGAAUGGUGACCCCUUUGAGCCUCUUCAGCUGAGGAUAACAAACACAGCAUUGUAAUCCAUUCUCUCGCACCUUCUUCUUAUCUUGUUAUUAUGGUUAUUAGUUUUGCAGGGGGCAAGGAGGUGGGCCAGGGGAAGAGGGGGUCUGUGACUAACCCCUCUGUGGCCAGCCAGGUCCAAGGAUGGCCUCCUUGGCCUGGUGAAGGGGCCCCAUCAGCAGGGCCCGAGGAGGGAAAGGAAUCGGAGGUCAUCACACCCCGCUGGAUCUGCCAUCUGAGCCAUGCCUCGGGCUCCAGGCUCUUUGAACUUGGAUCUUUCAACCAGAGUCCGCACCUGCCCUCCAACAUCUAUAGACUUGAAUCUAUCCUAAACGACUAUUUAACCCAACAUCACUACAUUGUAGCCCAGUGCAACAACUAACCCUGAAGUGUGGGAGGUGUUCCUCGGGGGCUGGUGGCAGCAGGCUGUCUGCUGCCAACCUCAAUGCUUGACCUCCACUCCCUUGGGGUGACCUAUCUGUGUCUGUAUCUGUUAAUAUGUGUGUGUCCAGCUAAAGAGACAAACAACCCGUGGGCCCAGCUUGGAGGGUGCACGGAAAGGCUCCUGACCUCUCCAAAGUGUCGCCCUCGGGAUGGCAUUCCGUUGUGUGCCUUAUUCCUGGAGAAUCUGUAUACGGCUUGCCUAUAGAAAUAUAGUCUUUUCGUGCUGUAUUAAAAGGACUUUAAAAGC